AUGACUAAAAGGUUGAAAAUAUUUCCUGUGCAAUUACGAGGGUCAGAAGUGGAUCACAGUAUCUGCUUGUGUAACCAAACAUUUGAUGGUGUUGACUGUUCCAUCAGUAUUCUCAUACCACCAACUAUUGAGACAACAUUCUUCAUCAGAAAGAUCCAAGUUUUGAACAAAAUAAAAGACCUGGUAAUAACUGGAAGUGGUUUUAUAGAAGGUCCCAAUCUUACUUGCUCAAUCAGAGAAAAUAAAGAAAAUUCCCAAACUUUUUACCUGAAAGCCAUUUAUAUCAGUUCUGAACAGAUCAUGUGUCCAGUACCUCAGAUAGGAACUCAGAAUGUUUCCAUCAGCAAUGAUAACAAAACCUGGAGUGUUAACAUCUCAGUUAGACAUUACAACCCACUGUGUGAAGAUUGUAUCAAUGAUAAGUGCACUCCUCGUCUUGAUGUGUGUACCAUUGGAGGUGUUUGCUUCCCUAAUGGUGCAAUAAAUCCAGAAGACAUUUCACAAGUCUGUAUUUCAUCAAAGGAUCCAUCAAGUUGGUCUGUGCUUCAGUACCAAGACAUUAUUGUGAGGUAUUACUCUAUUCUAAGAAUUGAAGGUGAUAAUCUCAUAACUUUGAAUGGAAACCUUAAAGUAAAUGGAACUGUCAAGUUGAAGAAAGGUCCCUAUGAAGGAAACGCAGUUGUACUGGAUGGAGUCAAUAAUUUCAUUGACAUGGGUAGAAAUGUUCCAUGCUUCAGUUCUUUGACUCAGUGUACAUUUGGAAUGACGGUUCAUUUCAACUUAUUCAUUUUCAGUGUUACAGAAGGCAUGUUCAUUUUUUCAAAUGGUGGAACUGAACCAACAACUGAUGGGGUCAGCAUGUAUGUCUCCAAGGGAUUUUUGUUCCUCACACUCAGUACAAGUACCAAGCAGUGGACAGUAAAAACCAAAAUGUUUCCAGUGAACAAAUUCUUCAAAGUAUUAUUCAGCUGGAGUGAGAAAUCUGGUCUUUAUCUCUAUUUUGACGACAAACAAGUAGAACAUACAACCAAAUACAUUGACCGAGUUACCACGGGGGCUUUAACUUCACAAAGUUUAAUUAUUGGUGGCCAUCACACUAAAAUAUUUCCUGCUAAUAUUGCUAUUGAAGGAUGGACUCUCAUUGGAAUUACACAGAAAUUCAUCCUUGGAAAUGGCCUCAAUUUUGACUUACCAUUCUUCAAAGAAAGACCAAUGAUAUCAUUCCAUGGAGUGACUAUCUCUGAAGAAUAUUUCCACUGUUCCUUCAAAUAUCUGCAGGAAGCUACCUUAAACUAUACAGCCACUUGGUAUAUUGAUGAAAAGGUUGUUUACACCUCACACUUUUCCAGAUCAAACAAGAGUUUUUCAGAUAUUGAAAGCAAAUAUUUCACUGCAUUAACUUAUGGCAGUAAGAUCAAAUGUGGAGUGAGAGCUUGUAAGUCAUCAAACUGCAGUUCCAUCUUUGGUCCCGAAAGAACAAGUAAACCAUUUACUGCUGAAAUUACUAUUAAAGAGAGUAAUGUGAAAGUAAUUGAAGGUGACCCAUCUGGAUUUAUAUCUGUUCAGUCCAACUUACCACCAUAUCUAUUAUGUAACACCACCACCGCCAUCAACAACAACACCAACACCUCUCAAUGCACUGUGCAGAUUAGAACUUGGCUGGCAAGCUACAAAGAAUUUCAGUGUGGAGCUGAAAGUAUUCCACAAGCAGUGUUUGGUGCACAGUUUCACUCCGAGGGAAAGUAUGAAGGUUGCAUGUAUACAAUCACAGACAUUAACUGGAACAAAGUGUUGAAGAUCCCUAUCAUGGCAACCUUAGAUGGGUUACGAGAUAAAACUCAGAAAAGAACUGUUAUACUUUCAGGUCAAGUUGUGUUUAAUGGAACAGUGGAGAUGGAGAAAGUGCUUGGCUCUGUAGAUUUGGAAAUCAUCGACCGUGACAAGAGCAGUAUUUGUAAAUCAAUCAACGAUCCUCACAUGACCACAUUUGAUAAUAAACGCUACGACAACUUCAAACAUGGUGAAUUUGUUCUCUAUCGCCACAAGCGUUUACCAUAUGCCGUACAUGCGUUCUACAGAAGCUGUAAUGGUCGUGCCUCCUGUAACUGUGCCAUUGCAGUGAGAUCAGGUGAUGAUGUCAUACUGAUUGACAGGUGUGGAUCUUCAAUGAAAAUUAAGAAAACGACUCUGACCAUUACACUCUUCCAGAAUGGAGAACUUACACCAGGAACCAAGAUUUACCGUCUUAAUGGUGGGAAGAAAUUUAAGGUUGUUUUACCUAUUGGUACUUCUGUGAUUGUCGAAAAAAGUAAAUCUGGCAGAUCUAACUACAUUAAUGUCUGGGUACAAGCCUCACCUAUUGAUUACAAAAACACUGAAGGAUUGUGUGGAAACUUCGACGGCAUUAAAGAUAAUGACUAUGUAACACCUGACUCUAAAGUUCUCUCAAUCAAGUCAAAACAACCAAAUAAAUUCUCCGAAAGCUGGCGAGUUUCAGCAAAGGAUACUCUCUAUAAUGGUUUCUGUGGAAUCGAUGACGAUGAAAUGAAGCAUCCAGUUUUCUGUGACUGCAAGAAAGAGAAAUCAUCAUGCUUAGCAAAUUUGAAUCUUCAAACAUGUGACAAACUCCGCAGCAAAAACAACAAAAAAGGAUCAAAAGUGAAAGAUGUAACAGAAGUUGUCAUGGAAACAAUGAUGGAAAGUCCACCCAAGAAAUGCAUUACAGGAAAUGUGACCACCAAUUUUGAAUUCAAUGCCACAUUCAUUCCACAAGAAUUGAAGUGGCCAACUGAGUCUGGUAUCACUGAAAAGAUUGCAACCGAAAAAUGCCAAGGUUUCAUAAAAAAUAAGGCCUCUACCAAGGCCUGCUUAGAUGUACUUCCCAAUUCUGAUUUGGUAACAACUGUUGAUUCCUGCGUCACUGAUAUACAGAUUAUGGACAACUUUAUGUGGGUUGAUGAAGCUUUACAGAAUUAUCUUCAGUUAUGCCUCAUUGAAGUAGACACCAAUAUUGAACUGUGGAAAAACGAUUCUUCAAAUGGCACUGACAAAUCCAUAGCAGAAAUAAUUCAGGACAAUAUUUGUCCAAGUGAAUGUAAUGAUCAAGGAAAAUGUGUUGAAGGUAUCUGUGUAUGUGAUGGCCAAUUUGAGGGUGUUGACUGUUCUAUAAGCAAAAUCAAAGGACCUACAGUAUCUGAGUUGAAAAAGAAAUUUUGUGACACAAAAAUAUAUAAAUGUGACAAAGCAAUUGUCUUUGGAGAGAACUUCUUAGACAGUUCCAGUUUAACUUGUCAUUUGAAAAUUCAAAAUACUGAUUCACAAGUUCAAGGCCUGUACAUAACAAGCGAACAAGUACAAUGUCCCAUACAGAAUGAAGGUAGAUACGAGAUUUCAAUAAGCAACAAUGGAGUUCUGAAGAGUACUGAAACUGUGGUCUUUACAAAGUAUGAUUCAACAUGCCAAAUAUGUACAGAAAAUUCCUGUUCCCAGAAGAGUAAUGUUUGCAAGGUUGAUGGAAAUUGCCUUGGAGAAUUUUACUUUAAUGUGAAAAAUUUUAUGGAAGUUUGUAUACCAUCAAAUUCCUCUAAUGCAUGGUCAACAUUCGAUGUCCGGCAAAUGCAACUAAUUGUUCUAAUUUUCUUGCGAAUUGAGAAUAACCUCUUGAUCACAACAACUGCUAACUUUUCGGUGUUUGGCAACCCUGGCUUGGUCGAAGGACCAAGGAAAGGCAAAUACAUUAACUUAAAGCAAGAUGGACAAUAUCUUCAGCUAUCUAGUACCCCGACUUGUUUGCAAGACCCCAGCCUGUGUCCGUAUGGUCUAUCAGUUUCAUUUGAUUUGAAAAUCACUGAUAUGAAGAGAAGCUUUACAAUUCUCUCAACAAGUUCUGAAACUGCCUUAGGACAAGGUGUCAAGAUUUUCUACUCUGAUUACAAACUUUAUGUCAGCAUUGUCAAAGGUAAAAAACACUGGACAGUCUUCACUUCGGUGAAAAACGAGAAAAAAUUUUUCUAUGCGGGAUUUUCUUGGAACGAGCAAUUUGGUCUGUCAAUUUACGUCAAUGGUGCGAAGGCAGCUGAGACAGUGAAAUUCACUGAACAAGAAACGGCAGCUCCAAGUUCCACCCACAUAUUCAUUGGAACAACAUUUGAGAAAAAAGUUUUUGGUCGUUUCAUAAGCGGAGCAUGGACAAUUGUUACUGCUGUAAAACAAGUGAGAGAAUAUCAAAACUUGGAUACUGCGGCACCUGAACUUGAAACUAAACCAGAGAUCAGCUUUGAAUAUAAUAAUGACACAGAAAGCAAAAGCCUGAAUGCUUUGUGUCAGUUUAAACCACUGAACAGAAAUGAUGUCAGUUAUAUCCUACUGUGGAAGCUCGAUGCUAAGGAAAUCAUUGAAGUACGCCUUCAGAGUAAUGUAAACAAACAUCAACUGCCUGAAGACAUGAUUCCACGGUUCCAGUUUGGCAGCAAGUUAAUUUGUCAAGUGUCUACAUGUCUGUCUAACAUGUGUGAUGUGACGGGCAGUAAAUGGAUAGACAGUAUACCAAUUGUACCACAGAUUUAUCUAAAAACCAAAACACUUACAAUCAGAGAAGGCCAAGGAGCAGCUGAUAUUCAAGUUCAAAUAGACUUCCCUCCACGCUUGUUGUGUGAACCAAAAGACAGGAAAGAGUUCUGCCAGUUAAAUAUACACCCAGUUCUACCGGAAGUGAAGGCUGACAUCAAAUGUCCCCAAACUAACCAUCAUGUGAGUCAGGCAGUGUUUGGCUGGAAAGGAAUGCUUUCUGACAAGCAGAAAUUCUGUCAGUACCAUGUGGACAUGACGCUGUCAUAUUCCGUCAUCACGAUCCCCGUCAGUGCAAGCCUUGAUGCCUUAAUUGAUAAGAAGCAACAAAGGAAAAUCGAAGUGUUUGCAGACAUUAUGAUUGAUGAAAUAUCCGACUCGGUUAAAUCACUUGGCAAAGUUGAUAUCAAUAUUGAAGACAACGAUUCAUUAGCAUUGUGUCGUUCUAUUAACGAUCCUCACAUGACAACAUUUGAUGGAAGGCAUUACAAUAACUUCUUUGAGGGUGAAUUUGUCCUGUACAAGCAUAAAACCUUACCAUAUGAGAUACAUUCAUUCUACCGUAAUUGCAAUGGACGUGCUUCUUGUAACUGUGCUGUAGCUAUUAAAUCCGAUGAUGAUGUCAUUGUGUUUGACCGCUGCGGGGCAAGCGCUGGAGCAGUUGCUAAGAAAUCAGAAAUUCUGAGAAAGAUUUACUUAAAUGGAGAACUGAACCCAGGAACUAAAAUCCUCCAGUUUGGAGAAGGAAGAAAAUAUCAGGUAAUUUUGCCAACAGGAGGAGUACUAACCAUUCAAAUGGUUAACCGUAAGAAAGCCAGUAAGUUUAUAAACGUCUGGUUUAAGGCAUCUGCAUUGGAUUUCCAGAAUACUGAAGGUUUGUGUGGCACCUUUGAUCAUAACACGAAGAAUGAUCUCUUAAUGUCUGAUGGACAGACAUUAACAACCACUAAAUCUCAACCAAAUAAGUUCUCACUAAGCUGGAAAGUCUAUGAGAAGGAUUCUUUAUAUGAUGGCUUCUGUGGAGAAACAAGUCAGAAAGAUUCAGACAAAGAGAUCUAUUGUUCUUGUGGUCAAAAGAUGCCUGCGAUGUGUGGCCGUGGGUUUGAUCUGAUGUCCUGUGAUGCUAUUAAUGAAAGGCUGAAUGGCUCAAAAGUAGAAAUUAAAAAUGGUAGAGGAAAAGCAAAAGAUAUUACUGAAAUGCUACUUAAAGAGGCUGCUGUCACUGGGAAAUGUGUUUCAGAAGAUCAAAGAGAAAUAUUUGAAGUCAACCAUAACUAUACUAGUCCUGAUGUUAAAUGGCCAACAGCAAGUGGAAUCACAGAAGAAAAUGCCCACGAGUAUUGCAUGGACUUCAUUCGGCAGAGCAAGUCAGGCCAAUAUUGCGAGAAAGUUAAGGAUGUGAGCUUUUCAAAUGUAAUAGCCUCAUGCUUUGAAGAUAUCAAACUCACCGAUGACAAGUCUUGGGCUUCAUCUGCUUUAGAGAACUUAAAAGAACAAUGUUUGACUUCGAUUGAAAACAAUGUUGACUUGUGGAUAACAGUGAAUGGAUCAAGAGGACCACCAAUAAGUAUUAUUGAGUCCAUGUGUCCCAAUGACUGUAGUCAAAAUGGAAAUUGUAGUAAAGGAAAAUGUUUGUGUGAUGAAAAAUUCAUCGGAGAAGAUUGUUCCGUGGAGAAAGAUGUGCCACCAGAUGUCAGUUCCUAUUGGUUACAAUGUAUGAAUGCUUCACUGUGCUAUAUCUAUAUCAGAGGUGAAAACUUUGUUAAAACAAAUGUUUUUAGUUGCAAAGUAAAUCACUACACGAGAGAUUACCAAACAAUUGUGAAGUCGAUCAUAAGUCCAGCAAUUUUUGAAAACACAAAUGUAGCCUCUUGUGCUGUUCCUGGAAUUGGUUUAUACACCGUGUCGUUAAGUAACACAGGAAAAAGUUACAGUCUUCUAAUGAAAGUGUUGAUUUACUAUGCCAACUGUGACCAUUGUAAUUUUACAAAUGGCUGCACAGCAAGAACUGACGUCUGCAGAAUUGAAGGAUUCUGUUAUCUUCUUGGUCAAGUGAAUCCAAAUAAUCCCAUUGAGUCUUGCAACACUUUGAUUUCUAAAACAAGUUGGACAAAAAUUCGAGAAGAUAAAAUUGUUUUCUACGAGAUAAAAUUCCUCAGUAUCAACAGCAUUUACUUGAUAACAAACGUCGGUGACUUCAAGCAGUUCGGCAAUCCAAAACUUAUUGCUGGGACCCAAGAUGAAUUUGCUCUUUCAUUCAAUGGUAUCAACCAAUAUGUCAUUAUCAAUGCAGACGUCGAGUGCUUGCAAAAUCCUGAAAAAUGUCUUCGAGGAAUCAGUUUCAGUUUCACUAUGACUUUCAAAUCUUUAACCGAAAAGGCCUACGUCUUUACAAGCUGUGGCGAUGAGAGUACUUCUACUGGUUAUGCCCUCUUCUACUCUAAACGCAAACUAGUGUUUACGGUUAGUACAAGAAAACAAAUUUGGACAGUUAAUACUGAACAAAUUGAAUUGAAUCAAACAGCAGAUUUUGUAUUUUCGUGGAGUCAACAAAAUGGCAGUGUGAUUGUCAAGAACGGGAAACCCAUAACUAAAGCUGCAACAGUCCUCACUCGCAAAACUGCUCCUUCGGUUAGUAAGUGUGACUUUAUCUUUGGAGGUGCCCAACCUAAAUCAAGUGGAUCCAACAGCCACAUUGUCGUAGAGGGAUUUAAACUGUUUUUGGCUUCCUGGAAUAUUCUCCAAAAAUUGGAAUUUGUUAUAGGCCGUCCAGAACUGAAAUCUCCUCCUACACUUGUCAUAUCAGAAAAUAAAGAAAACAAACACGUUACAUUUACCUGCAAUUAUACUGCCAUAAAGAACUACGACACUAAUUACACAAUACAAUGGUUCUUUAAUAAACAACUUAUCAAACAUGAAGUGAAAUAUAAUGGCAAAGUGAGUCAUGUAGAAGAAAAGGAACUUCCAGAAAUCCGUUAUGGUAGCCAGUUGUACUGUAUGGUGGCACCAUGUUCUAAAGAUGACUGUACGAAGGCCAAAGAAACAACAAAACAAAGCAAUGUUAUCAGUUUCGUAAUCAAGGUGUUAACCAAAGACAUCAAAUUAAAGGAAGGUUCAAAAUCAGAACCCAUUCAUAUCCAGAGUUUAGUUCCACCACGUCUCUUCUGUCCAUUAAUGUACCGAGAUGAAGGAUGUCAAGUAUACAUCAAGGCCUUCCUUCGAAAUUCAAAAUCGAAAGAGAUCAAGUGUCCAAACAAUGAAAAUAUUGUUCAAGCUGUAUUUAUUUCAAAUCCACACCUCAGCUCUUCUAACGACAGCAACCCAACAGAGUCCUGUGGAGCCGUCUACAACACAAAUAAAAUGUCCUGGAAGGUUGAGACUUUAAUAUUCAUUAAAGCAACCAUUGAUGGUGUUAUUGAUAAAACUCAGCAACGCAGUGUCCAAAUCGAUGCCAUAUUUUCAUCCCAGAAUUGGUCCUCUAAAAUAAUUCUUGAUAAGGUUAAGGUUAAAAUCAUGGAUCAGGAUAAGACAGCUCUCUGCCAGUCACUAAAUGACCCACACAUGACAACAUUUGAUGGAACCUACUACAACAAUUUCUUUGAAGGUGAAUUCGUCCUCUUCCGUCACACAACACAACCAUUUGCGGUCCAUACAUUCUACCGUUCAUGUUGGGGUGUAGCAUCAUGUAACUGUGCUGUUGCUGUACUAAGUGGAGACGAUGUGAUCUUGAUAGAUAGAUGCGGGCCAAAAUCAGACAAGAAAUCAUCCAAGAAACAGAUCUCCCUUCAACUUUUCCUCAAUGGGAAACUCACACCAGGAACAAGAGUUAUCAGCCAGCAGGGUGGCAAGAAAUAUUCAGUAUAUUUGCCAACAGGAGGAGUUGUUACUGUCACUUCUCACAAUAAAUUUGUGAAUGUAAUUUACAAAGCCAGUGCAACGGAUUUCAAUCAUACAGAAGGUUUAUGUGGAGUUUAUGAUAACAACAAAAGCAAUGAUCUUCGCUUCCCAAAUGGAACCAUUUAUCUCAGCAAGUCUAAACGCCCCAAACCAUUCUCUUUGAGUUGGAGGGUUAAAAAGGAAAACACUUUGUUUAAUGGAUAUUGCCCAGAAGCUAACCAAACUAUGUCGCAGGAAGUUUACUGUCAUUGUGUUGAGAGUGAGGAAUCAGUGUGUGGCGCAAAUAUGGAUGUUGUUAACUGUGGAGACUUUUCAAAACGAAAGUCUAAAGGUGUCAAAGACUUGACAUCGUCUUUGAUUAAACAUGCCGAAGAACCCAAGAAAUGCGAGAAGCUCCAACCACAAACAACUUUUGAAUACAACGAGACAUACGUUUCUGGGGAUGUGUUCAGCAACAUCACUUUAGAACAAGCCAGGACCUACUGUCAAGAAUUUAUUAUUAUCACUGAGGUUGCUAAAUCCAUUCAGAAAUUACCAUCUAUCUCUAUACAGAAUUUCAUAGAAUCUUGUACAUCAGAUUUACAUCUAACGGGUGAUUUAGUUUGGAGAACAACAGCAUUGUUGACUCUGAAGGAAACAACGAUGAUAACCAUCAAAACGGAUGCUGAACUCUGGGAGAAAACAGAAGAAGGAGAUGUGAAACUGCCAACAAAUUUCACCAAAGGACUCUGUCUCAAUGACUGCAACAAACAAGGAAAAUGUUUAGAUGGUAUCUGUCAGUGUUCGGAAGAGUUUGAUGGAGCUGAUUGUUCAUUGAAGAAGACUGAACCACCAAAACUUAUUCAGGACACUGUCCUCAUUGAUCUCCGACUGACGAAGAUUCAAAUCGUAAUAAUUACUGGUACAGGAUUCACUGACUCUGAAACCUUGAUGUGCAAACUACAAGAGAUGACUAAGGGUGCUGACAAAUUUGUAGCUACAGGAAACUAUAUUUUCAUGAAAGCUGUUUAUUCAUCUGAAGAACAAGUUGAAUGUCAAAUACCAUCAGCUAAAGUCUUUGAAGUUUCUGUAAGCAACGACAACACCACCUGGUCCAAUAGCUUUGUGGUAGUCACAUUUAAUUCACUUUGUGAAAAAUGUACUGAAAAGCAAUGUUCCUCAAGGACUGACAUCUGCAGAAUUAACAAUGAAUGUUACGAAAACUUGGCUAUAAAUCCAAAGAAUGCUUUAUUGACUUGUAAUGUUUUAGUCUCCAAAAAUUCAUGGCAACCCAUUGAUGUUAAGAAAAUCCCAGUUAUUCGACUCACCUUCCUGAAAAUAAUACAAAACAUCAUUAUUACACCAACUUACAACCUGACUUUUACUGGAAUCAUCAAAAUUGUACAAGGUCCUUUUGGUGGGGAUGCUCUGUUGCUCGGCGGGACUAACCAGUCCAUUGACAUGGGCAAAACAUUGAAAUGCUUCCGUGGCCAAGAAAACGAGUGUAAUGGUGGAUUUACGGUGAACUUCAAUCUGAAGAUAAUCACUUUGAAAGAUGACAUGACAAUUUUCGGUAACGGAGGUCGAGGACUGAAUACUUCAGGAACAGCAAUGUGGGUGUCGAAAGGAUUCUUGUUCCUCGCAAUUAGCACAGCAGAAAGACAAUGGGUUGUAAAGACAGACAAAUUCCGGGCUGGAGUAUUUAUAUCAAUAACCUUCAGCUGGAGCCAACAAAAUGGUUUGGUGUUGAUGUUCAAUAAAAAGGUUGUUGCUAAGCAAUCCAUAUUCAUCAAGCGUGAAGUAAAAGGUACUCCUGGAGGAAAUCUUCUAGUAGGGACAACCAUUACAAAGAAAUUCUUUGCUCACAUUAUCAUUGGUAGCUGGACCAUUACACAUGCAACAAUUGAAACUAUUCAAGAAGCCGAUAUAAAGACUGAACCUCCAACUUUCCAAGAUGCACCUGAAUUACAAUUGCAGAUAAACAAUGAAACGGAUGAGAUCAAUUUCUUGUGUUCUUUCCCACCUCAUCCAAAUGAUAAACAACUGAAAUAUUCAGUGUUUUGGUAUCUGGAAGACAAAGAACUUGUAUCUGUUGCUCCAGUGCUGCAGAAUGGUUCCUACCAAGCAUCACUCAAUGAAAGUGAAUUAACAGGAAUGAAUUAUUCAGAUGGGCUCACUUGUGCAGUUUCCGCUUGCUACAGUUCUAAUUGUGAAAACUCCCAAGGACCGAAACGUCACAGUCUUGCACUCGUGGCUGAGAUUAAGAUUCUUUCAAGCAAGGUAAAAGUUGUGGAAGGUAAAAAAGCAGGAUAUAUUGAAGUAAAAUCAAACUUCCCACCACGGUUAAUGUGCUUAAACAGCAGCUGCCAUUUCUAUGUCUACACCAAACUUGAAAAACAUCCAAAAGAUCUUAAAUGUAAGGAUGAGGUUAUCCCUCAACUUGUAUUCGGUUACAUGCGACGUUGGCGUGUUUCUCGGGAAGCAGACAGCUCCUCAGCUGAAUGCAACUUUGCAAUCACCAACGACAACUGGAAGUCAGUUCUACAAAUUCCUGUCAUUGCAACAGUUGAUGGAUUACGAGACAAACUGCAGAGACGCUGGGUUUCUAUCUCAACAAGCAACAGUGAGCUUGAUGUAAAAACCGAAAUUGGACAAGUCCAGGUGGAUGUUGUGGACAGCAACAAGUGGGCAGUUUGUAAAUCAAUCAAUGAUCCUCAUAUAACAACAUACGAUGGAAGAUUCUACAAUAACUUCUUCGAGGGUGAAUUUGUACUAUAUCAGCAUCAAACAUUACCAUACGCUGUGCAUGCCUUCUAUCGCAACUGUAACGGACGUGCAUCUUGUAACUGCGCCGUUGCUGUUCGCUCAGGAGAUGAUGUCAUUUUGGUAGAUCAGUGUGGAGCCAGAAAAUCCAAGAAACGGCGCCCACUGAAAAUAGUGCUUUAUGUCAAUGGAAUUCUUACACCAAACACGAAGAUUCUGAGUUUACAAGGUGGCCUUCAAUACAAAAUAAUCUUACCAACUGGUACUUCUAUCCUUGUGGCAAAAGGUAGAAAAAGAACAUCGCAGUUCAUCAAUAUUUGGGUCCAUCCUUCCCCUGCAGAUAUGGAGAAAACUGAAGGUCUUUGUGGUUCCUUUGAUGGCAACAAGAACAAUGAUCUCCUCAUGUCUAAUGGCAAGAUUCUGUUUGAACGUGGUAAGAGGCCUGAUGAAUUUAGUCUGAGCUGGAGAGUGAAGAAAGAAGAUACAUUGUAUACUGGUUACUGUCCCCUAAAAGAACCCACCAAAACAGAAGAGGGCGAUGUCUACUGUAACUGUAUGUCAUUAAGUAAAACUGAAUGUAGCUCCAGCAUGGACUACCAGACUUGCGGAAGUAAACCAAGCAAGAAGUCUCACCGAAAAGUGAAAGAUAUCACAGAGAAGCUGCUUAAAAAAGCCAAGAUCCCAAAGAAAUGUAUUUCAUUGCAACAAGAAGAAGAAUUUGACUAUAACAGUACAUACGUGACUCCAGAAUUCACCUGGCCUUCACCAACAAAGAACAUAACAGAAACACAAGCAACUGCUAUAUGCAAAAUAACAAUUGAAGGGAAAAAUUCCACCAAAAAUUGUCUCCAAAUUCUGCCGAACACCGAAUUUUCUAUGUCUUUAGACUCCUGUAUAGAAGAUAUUCAGAUUACUGAGGAUACUUCUUGGGCCAAAGAAGCAGUUCAGAGUCUUCAACAGUCUUGUAUUACGGAAGUGGAAACCAAUGUGGAAUUGUGGGACAACAACACGAAUACUAAUGAAAUCAUGGAUGCAAUAUGUCCCAACGACUGUAGCGGCUUUGGAAAAUGCGUUAAAGGUGAAUGCCAAUGUGAAAAUAAAUACUUUGGUGUUGACUGCUCCAUUCAGAAGGAUGCAAAACCAACCGUUUUCUCUCUGGACCCUGAAGUGUGUGAUGAACGGGUUACUGACUGCAAUGAGGUGACAAUUUGGGGUGAAAACUUUGUAGAGACCUCUACACUGACUUGUCAUUACAGCCACUUAAAUUUUGUUGACAACGGUUUAACAAUUUAUGUCAAGAGUGCUACUUACGUUACAAGUGAUCAAGUCAUUUGUCCAAUUGAUAGUUUAGGAAAAUACGAGAUCUCCAUAAGUAAUGACGGAAAUCGAGACUCAAAUUCAAGCUUGAAUUACAUCCGUUAUGAUCCAGUUUGCUACAAGUGUGAUGAUCAAAACUGCUCUCAACGUGCUGACAUCUGUAUUAUCAACAAUAAAUGCUAUGGUGAUGGCUACUUAGUAAAGGCAACAUCCUUCAUCUGUAACAUAAAGCAGAAUCGUUCUGGUUGGAGCCUCGUUGAAUCCGAAAAAAUUGAAGUAAAAGACUGCCAUUUCCAAAAGAUCAUUGGCAAUGUCUUAGUAACUUCCUCACUAAACUUCACCAUCUUCAGUAAUGUGACACUUGUCAGAGUAACCAAGGAUGUUCUUGCAGCAAAUCUGGAAGGGAAAGAUCAAUUUAUUGCGGCAGAUACAUUACAGACCACGUGUCUUAGCAACCCAGAGAAUUGUCGCUUGGGUAUAAGUAUCUCAUUCGGAAUGACUAUAAAAAGUAUAAAAGAAAAUAUGUUUAUAUUCACCAAUGGAGGAGAUGAUCCAGCCAGAACAGGUGUUGCAAUGUAUUACACACGAAAUCAAUUGUUUUUGACCGUCAGUACCAAAUCUCAACAGUGGACCGUUUCCACUGGUAAACUAGUUGUAAACAUCUACACAAAGAUUACUUUCAGUUGGAGUAUCCAUACAGGUUUGAAACUGUUUUUAGAUGACAAAUUGGUAUCUGAAACAGAGAUCUAUCUUCAAAAGAACGCAACCAAAGUUGCUUCCAGGAAGUUCUUUAUUGGCACAUCUUCAACAAAAUUGGUCUUUUCUCAAAUUGUCAUUGCCGAAUGGCAAGUGACAUUUGCAACUAAAGAAAUUGCCUUACGAGCUACAGAUAAUGAAACUGUCACAGCAAUGCCAACAGAACCAACCACAGAAGAAACUGAACUACCAACAGAACCAACAGAUAUUACAGAAUCAUCGUUAGCAACAGAUGUUACAGAACCAUCAUUAGCAACAGAUGUUACAGGGUCGUCAUUAGCAACAGAUGUUACUGAACCGUCAUUAGCAACAGAUGUUACAGGGUCGUCAUUAGCAACAGAUGUUACUGAACCGUCAUUAGCAACAGACGUUACAGGACCGUCGUUGGCAACAGACGUUACAGGACCGUCGUUAGCAACAGAUGUUACAGUGCCGUCAUUAGCAACAGACGUUACAGGACCGUCGUUGGCAACAGGUGUUACAGGACCGUCGUUAGCAACAGAUGUUACAGAACCGUCAUUAGCAACAGAUGUUACAAAACCGUCAUUAGCAACAGAUGUUACAGAACCAUCAUUAGCAACAGGUGUCACACACACAGGAAGUACUCAGCCUUCAGAAACAACACAGGUGACACAGACAGAAUUAACAACAACAAAAACUUGCCAAGGUAACUUAACUAAACCCGCAACUCCUACCGUGUCAUACGCAAUCAAUAGUGACCAAAACGCUAUUACAUACACGUGUACAUUCACUCAGCUCCAAUCCUCAUCUAAUGGUGAGGUGAUAAGUUACAAAGGUAUUUGGUACAUUGGUUCUAAGACUUCCGAGAAAGAUAUUUCAUCUGGUGCAAGCACUGCGCUUUUCCAGUCAAGUGAAAUCACAGACGCCGACGAUGCUUUGAAAAACGGGAUUUCCUGUGCCAUCAAAGUUAGUUCUUCAGACCGUUGUGGUGAACCAAUAUCUCAACAGAGUAAUGUAAUUAUUGCUGAAACUAAGAUUGAUAACACAACAGAUAUUGAAUUAAUUGAAGGAGAAGAGCCAGUCUCUCUAUCGGUUAGCAUUGGAAUUGAACCGAAUUACAUCUGUAUCUUGAAGUACGGUAAAACAUGCCAGAUAUCAUUCAAAGCAAGUUUAACGGGUUCAAGUUCUAGAAGGAGAUGUCCAACAGUUUCUUUAGUUGUUCCACUGGUUGUACUAUACAGAGGAAACAAUAUUGGAGGUCAACCAAUCUGUGGUACCAAGAUGUCUGCUGCAUCCAGUUCCAUUACAUUACAAGCUCUUGUUGAUAGCGUUUAUAGACCAGAUGUCAAACAAGAACUCAAAAUUGUAGAGGAACAUUUAGUAGGUGGCACUAAAUAUGAGAUGAAUCCUGUAUCGAAACAAGUAUCAAUAAAAAAUAUGGACUCAAGAAUGUUUACCAAAGGAACAUGUAAAAUCACAGGAGAUCCCCAUGUAUUUUCUUUCGGUCGGAGAUAUUACAGCAACUUCAUGACAGGUGAAUUUAUUGUCUACCAACACGAAACGUUGCCAUUUGAGGUCAGAGCUUUCUUUACAAGAUGUGGCCGGGCUUCCUGUACUUGUGCAGUCAUAGUUCGAUCAGGAGACGAUGUCAUCAUUUUUAACAAAUGCCCGUAUGUUAAUUCUAAAUUUAAUGCCAGAUCAUUUCCUGUCAAAGUCAAGACAUACCUCCAUGGUGACCUAACACCAGCAACCAAAGUUUACACAAACUUCUUUGGCUCUUAUUAUGUGGUUGUUCUACCAACUGGAAUGAUUGUGAAAAUUAAACCAAGAUUCCAUGCUUUUAUGAACAUUUACCUUGAUGCAACAGCUAAAGAUUUAGAGAAGAGUAAAGGUCUUUGUGACAAAUACACAUUGAAAUCUCGCAACUAUUUCACUGGUAAAACCAAACAGUUCCCUAUUUCAAGGCUUCCUGAUGGUUUUAGUAAAGAAUGGAGAGUCACAGGCGAUACUUAUUACAAUGGCUACAGCAGGAAACUGGAAUUUGAGGUUCCUACUUAUUGUACUUGUGUUAAUUCAGUAGUGGACUGUAGACCAUUUGGAGAUGCAAUCAGCUGUCCUCUACGCAGAAGAUUGAGAGACAUAACUAAGAACAUUGUUGAAAAUGCUGUUAUCAAAAGUGACGGAACAACCACAAGGAAGAAGCGAGCAACUGUACAAAGUGGCUUUGGAAAUUAUGACCCUUCAUUUGGUACCAAUGACACACUUCCUGUUGACUGGCCUGCAGGUAUCACAAAUGAAACUGCCUGGAGUAAUUGUACUGAAAGACUCAAAUCAAUGCCGGCCUUCGACACUUGUUCCAACGUAAUGGUGUCCAACUUCACAGAAGAGAUUAAACAAUGUGUGGAUGACAUUAAGUUAACUGGACAGUUGGAUUGGACAUAUGAUAUCAGCAGUAGUGUAAUAAGCAGCUGUCAGAAUGCCAUUUCUUCAAGAGACAGUAUGACGGAGCAAAACAACACGGAACCCGAACCAGAGCAGUUGAAAUCAGUGUGUGAUUGUCGCAAUCAAGAAAUUUGUCAAGAUGGUGUGUGUCAGUGUAAAGACGGUUACACGGGAAGCGAUUGUUCCAUUGAUAAGACUGAGCCACCGAUUGUUGCUGCUCCAUCUGCAUGUGAUAAAGAUAACUGCACCAACUUGAAUGUUGUUGGCAGCAAUUUCUAUAAUGCUUCUGAGAUUACCUGCCAUUAUGAAACAGUGGAGAUCACUCUCGAUGGGCUGAAAAUUGGAAGCAGUGUUACAAAAGAUAACAUCAAUGGUGAAUUUGUUACUCAAUUUAGCAUCAAUUGUCCUUUGCCUAAACAAUCGAAUGUUUAUCUCAAGUUAUCGCUGAACCAAAAGUUAAGUGAAGUCGGUGCUGUCUAUCUAACAGCAAAUAUUAAGCAAUGCGUUUCUUGUAAUGAGACCUUAAUUAAUGGAGUAUCAAGAGAAGAAAUUUCAUCUUACUGCAGUGUUCAACAGAGCUGCUGUCUUAUAGAUGGAAUAUUUUAUUCAGAUCGUGAAAAGAAUCCAUCGAACCCUGCCUGUGAGUUCUGUGUUUCAGCUACCAGUCGCUCCCAGUGGACAGUUGACACAGAAAACAACAAAUGUGACGCACCAUCAUCUGAUCAACAAACAAUGAUGAUUGUCGGAAUUGUUAUCGGAGUUGCGCUCUUCGUUUUGACUGUGGUUCUCAUUGCCUUCUUUAUCAAAUGGAGGCAAAGAAAGAGCAGAAAAUUUUCAACAGAAGACAGAAGCAUGAUGUCUGAAUCCCUUUAUGCUUAUCACUCUUAAUAAAAGACAUAAUUGACCAUCGUUAUCAACCCACAUUAUUUACAUUCCAAGACAGACCACCACAACUUUCUUAAGCUAUUUGUUAUCUUACCUCCGGUUUUUUACCCAAUUUGUUUGUAUUCUUUUUAAUUAAUUAAUCUCAAUUAUAAAGUAUCAUUAUUAAAUCAUUUUGUCUGCAUUUUUUUUAAUAAUCUCUUUUCAAUUAAUAAAUAUAUAAUAUUUUUUGUCUUAAUCUAAUUAUAUUGUAAGAAGAUGAGAUUAUGUA